CAUUUUUUGAUGUAACUAGCUGUAAAGUUACCAUACAUAGCAUCCACCCCCCUUCUCUCUCUCUCUCUCGCUCUCUCUGUCUCUCUAGGUUUUAGUUUCUUUUUUCAGCCUCUCUGAGUUAUAAUUGGUUGAGCUUUAACCAUAUAAACGAAUAAUAUCUUCAACAAGCUAAGAAGAAAUGGAACAAGGAGCAUCUCUCUCUUGAAAACAUCAAUAAAAUUCUUUGUUUUUCUUGUUUUCCAGUUCCAAGAAGAAGUGAACAGUGCUGAUUCGCCAAUCCAAAGCAUAUAUUAUAUCGAUUUGUAACUUGAGAGUGAAAACAGAUACAAGUGUGAAUUUAGAAUGGCUAGAGAGAAGAUAAAGAUAAAGAAGAUAGACAACAUAACAGCAAGGCAAGUGACAUUUUCAAAGAGGAGAAGAGGGCUAUUCAAGAAAGCUGCUGAGCUUUCUGUACUUUGUGAUGCUCAUGUUGCACUCAUCAUUUUCUCUGCUACUGGCAAACUCUUUGACUAUGCUAGCUCCAGCAUGGAGGAUAUUCUCGGAAAAUAUAAGUUGAACUCAACUAGCCUUGACAAAGAUGACCAACCUUCCCUUGAGUUACAGCUAGAGAAUAGCCUCAACACGAAAUUAAGCAAGGAGUUGGCUGACAAGAAUCGUGAGCUGAGGCAGAUGAAAGGUGAGGAACUUGAAGGAUUGAGCUUAGAAAAAUUGCAACAAAUUGAGAAAAGACUUGAAGCUGGACUCACACGUGUGCUUGAGAUCAAGGGUACAAAAAUUACGGAUGAAAUUACCAAACUUCAAAGAAAGGGUGCUGAGCUAAUGGAAGAAAACAAGCAACUGAAGCAGAAAAUGGCAAUGAUGAAUGAAGGAAAGUUGGAUUGCAUGGUAAUGGAAGAAGGCCAGUCUUCUGAUCAGUCUAUUACCACCAAUGUCUCUAAUAGUGGUCCUCCUCCUGAGGAUGAUUGCUCAAAUGCAUCCUUGAAGUUAGGUUGUAACAAUGGCCCUCCUAUUGAGGAUGAUUGCUCAGAUACAUAUUUGAAGUUAGGGCUACCAUUCAACUAGUGAAACUCAUACGGGGAGUUUUGUUGAGAUUAUCAUAAUUUUCGGAUAUGCAGACAUUUCAUGCAAUGAGUGGCAUAUAGAUUUGCCUUUUCUGAAAUAUAUGUAUAUAUAUAAUAUUGGAAUUGCCAUUGUUGUACUUUGUAUUAUUAUAUGUGUAUAUGUGGACUAGUUAAGAAAGGGCAGACUGCUAAUUAAUGGUCUCAUUUAUCUUUUUUU